ACAUACGUCACAGCGGCCCGACGGAGGGGGAGGGGGGGGCAAGAUGGCUGCGCGUUGCCGGGGCGACCGGAGCCGGAGUCCGCUGGAGGACGCGAGCUUGUGUUUCGCGCCACCUUUUGAGUGACGCAGAGUGACGAGCGAUUGCGGAGGGAGGAGGGGAAAGAAAACCCACAACACCGAGUGCCCGCGCGGGGCACAGGCACAGGCACAGGCACAGGCACAGGGGGCGGGGGGAGGAGGCCGCACAAAAUGGAUCCCAACCGGAUCAUACAGGCGCUGAAAGGCACCAUCGACCCCAACCUCAGGAUCGCGGCGGAGACCGAGCUCAAUCAGUCGUACAAGAUCAUAAACUUUGCUCCCACGUUGCUUCAGAUCAUUGUUUCUGAUCAGGUUGAAUUUCCAGUUAGACAAGCCGCUGCUAUCUACAUGAAGAAUAUGGUGACACAGUACUGGCCGGACCGUGAAGCUCCUCCUGGGGAAGCGAUGUUACCUUUCAACAUACAUGAAAAUGAUCGGCAGAAUAUUCGUGACAACAUUGUGGAGGGGAUCAUUCAUUCACCUGACCUAAUCAGGUCUCAGCUGGCUGUGUGUCUUCGUGCGAUAAUUAAAUACGACUUCCCUGGACGUUGGACGGCAGUGGUAGACAAAAUUGGCUUUUUCCUGCAAUCUCCAAAUAACGCAAGUUGGCUCGGCAGCCUGAUGUGUCUAUACCAGUUGGUCAGGACCUAUGAGUUCAAGAAGGCAGAGGAGCGAGAUCCUUUGAUAGCAGCGAUGCAAAUAUUUUUACCACGAAUUCAGCAGAAAAUUUUUCAACUUUUGCCUGACUCAAGCCAACUUUCAGUGCUGAUACAGAAACAGAUCCUAAAAAUCUUCUAUGCACUUGUUCAGUAUGCACUACCACUACAACUGGUAAAUAAACAAACCAUGACUCAAUGGAUGGAGAUAUUUAGAACAAUCAUUGACCGAGAUGUACCUCCUGAAACCUUGCAAGUGGAUGAAGAUGACCGGCCUGAACUGGUAUGGUGGAAGUGUAAGAAGUGGGCUUUGCACUUGGUUGCAAGACUUUUUGAAAGAUAUGGAAGCCCUGGAAAUGUAACAAAAGAGUACAUUGAGUUUUCGGAAUUCUUUUUUAAAACAUAUGCUGUUGGCAUUCAGCAGGUAUUGCUGAAAUUGCUGGAUCAACACCGUCAGAAACAAUAUGUUGCACCUCGUGUGCUGCAGCAAGUUCUCAACUAUCUAAAUCAAGGUGUUAAUCACUCUCUCACGUGGAAACAGAUGAAGCCCCACAUUCAGAGCAUUUCUGAAGAAGUAGUCUUCCCGCUGAUGUGUUACAAAGAUGAAGAUGAGGAGCUUUGGCAGGAGGAUCCAUACGAAUACAUUCGGAUGAAAUUUGAUGUAUUUGAGGACCAUGUAUCUCCAACUAUCGCGGCACAGAAUUUUCUUUACACUGCAGCUAAGAAGAGAAAGGAGGUUUUGCCAAAGAUGAUGAGCUUUUGUUACCAGAUCUUGACAAUCCCAAGUGAAGAUCCUCGCAAGAAGGAUGGAGCACUACAUGUCAUUGGGUCCCUGGCAGAUAUCCUGCUUAAAAAAAAUAUAUACAAGGGACAAAUGGAGUUAAUUCUUCAGAGCUAUGUAUUUCCACUCUUUAACUCUGAAUUGGGCUAUCUCCGCGCAAGGGCAUGUUGGGUUCUUCAUUCGUUUUGCAAACUGAAGUUCACAAAUGACCUCAAUUUACGAAACGCAGUUGAGUUGGUGAAGAAGAGUUUAAUUGAAGAUAAAGAGAUGCCAGUCAAAGUUGAAGCUGCCAUAGCUCUUCAGUCAUUUAUAAGUAAUCAAGAUCAAGCUAAAUUAUAUAUAAAGCACUCAGUUAGACCAGUGAUGCAAGAGCUGCUCCACGUUGUCCGUGAGACGGAGAAUGAUGAUCUCACCAACGUCAUUCAGAAGAUGAUAUGCGAAUACAGUGAGGAGAUGACCACUAUUGCCGUUGAUAUGACGCAACAUUUAGCCAUGACAUUCAGCAAAGUUCUUCAGAGUGAUGCUUAUGAAGAAGUAGAGGAUAAAACAGUGAUGGCAAUGGGCAUCCUGAACACAAUAGACACGAUCUUGACUGUGGUGGAGGAUCACAAGGAGAUUACACAGCAGCUGGAGGGAAUCUGUUUGCAGGUCAUUGGACUAGUACUUCAAAAACACGUAAUAGAAUUCUAUGAAGAAGUUCUCUCUUUAGCAUACAGUUUAACGUGCCAAGUAAUCUCUCCUAAUAUGUGGCAACUACUAGGUGUCCUUUAUGAAGUUCUUCAGCAAGACUGCUUUGAAUAUUUUACAGAUAUGAUGCCUCUUUUACAUAAUUAUGUGACUGUAGACACCGAUGCAUUUUUGUCUAAUCCUAAAAAUGUAGAGAUCAUUUAUAACUUGUGUAAGAAGGUCCUGACGGGGGAUGCAGGAGAAGAUGCGGAGUGCCAUGCUGCAAAGCUGCUUGAAGUGAUCAUCCUUCAGUGUCAGGGAAAAGGCAUUGAUCAGUGCAUUCCCUUGUUUGUUGAAGCUGUACUGGAACGACUAACACGUGGAGUUAAAACAAGUGAACUUCGGACAAUGUGUCUCCAGGUGACCAUUGCUGCACUUUAUUACAGCCCCAUGCUGCUUGUGCAUACCUUGGAAAACAUUCGCUUUUCGCAUAGUGCAGAGCCGAUCACAGCACAGUUUAUUAACCAGUGGAUGAAUGACACAGAUUGUUUUCUUGGGCUUCAUGACCGGAAGGUCUGUAUUAUUGGUCUGAGCACUCUAAUGGAAAUGCAAAACAGACCUGAAGCAGUGAAUGCUGUAGCCGCUCAGAUUCUGCCUUCGUUACUACUUCUCUUCCUCGGCCUCAAGCGAGCCUAUGCAAGCAAAAUUACCAAUGAUCAGGACGAAAAUGGGGAAGAAGACGAGGAUGCCGAAGAAAAUGAAGAGAUUCCAAGUGACGAAGAUGACAUUCGCGAGGCAGGUCAGCAGUACCUAGAUAUGCUGGAGCAACACCAGGUAGAGGAAGGUGAGGAGGAUGAUGAUGACGAUGAAUGGGAUGAAGAUGGGUUAGAGGAAACUGCUCUUGAAGGUUUCUCAACACCAUUAGAUGAAGACAACUAUGUUGAUGAAUAUCAGAUUUUCACAUCUGCUCUUCUAAGAAUACAGAGUGUGGAUGCUACCUGGUAUCAGACUCUCACUGCCCCUUUGAGUGAGGACCAGAAGAAACAGUUGCAGGAGAUCUUCACACUAACAGAACAGAGGAAAAAUGCAGCAGAAUCCAAGAAAAUUGAAGGACAAGGUGGCUAUAAGUUUGACAUGACUGCACCAGUUCCAACAAUGUUCAGUUUUGGGGCAACUCCGGGGAACAAUUGAACUAUGCGUGUCAUUUUAUGAAACUUCAGGGCAUCAUGAAGAAAAUUAUUUGAAAAAUGAAUGAUAGAAGCUGUUGAGAAACCUUCGCGAUAGAGUCGGACCCCUACAGCGCUGGAUCGUCAUUCGAUUAUCAUUUGAGGGUUUUGUCGGUUUCUUUACUUUUCUCUCAAACUGAGUGAAAAUCAUCUGCCCUCUCCCCUCAGCAGGCACUAUGGAGAAAGGUCUGGUUAGCCACCGGCUCUCAGGUUCCCAGUACAUAAGCAUUUGACGGGUUAAUACAGAUACAGUGCCUUCUGUCGCACGUCGUUUGCCUCAGAUUUUAGUUUGGAAAGAAGUAGCAUGAUUUUAAAGGAAAGUACUUUAACCAUGGUUUUUUUUUUUUAAUAUUUGCCAGAGAUUUAAAAGAAUCUGUUUAUUCCAGCUCUGCUAUUUUUUAAAUUUCAGUGUGGUAACUGUUUUACCGUUUUAAAAUAUUUAUCCUUGGUAUAAACCUGUCGGUUUCUGUGAUCUGUGACCUAGUAGCCUAGAAUUAAACAAAUUGCAACUUCAUAAAAGAUUAGUGGAAAUUCACAAGUCGGACUUGGAGGGCGGUCACAAUCCCUUUUUUCUGAAAGGGGAGGCGGAUUUUAAUAACUAUAUGCACAGUGGAAUAUGAUCAAUUUUCUGACAGUAUAUUUAACUGUUGAAUGGAAUUCAGGAGAACUUUGGAUUUUGGGACAUGAUUUAUUUUUUUGUUUAUGUGAUAUAAAGUGUCAAAUGCCCAGGUGGGUAAAAUAAUUGUCAACACUGGUUAAUGUAUAUUUACAUCAAUCCUUUGAGAAAGCUUGUGAGUUUUCAUUCUCAGCUAUUGGAUGCCUCAAUAAAGCCUUUGGUUGAGCAUA